AAGACAGCGCGAUGAUCGGUAAGUUCGAGACAAACGAGCGCGAACGUGACUCGCGUGUACAUCCGAUUUAAUCGGUAUCGAUCGCGGAAGCAGCAGUAGUAGCGGCGGCGGCUUUUUGUGGGAUACACACGAAUUCUGCAGUUCAGCGAGGCAAACUUUUUAUAGAAAAUAAUGGCGAAUAGGUUUGUUUUGGCUUUGGUGCUGUGCACGCUGGUCGCCGGAUGCCUGGCUGACGAAGAAAAGUACUCCGACAAGUAUGACUAUAUCGACGUCGACAAUAUCUUGAGCAACGAGCGCAUCAGAAAUCAGUACUUCAAUUGUUUCCUCGAUUACGCCCCGUGCCUCACGGCCGAUGCUAAGUUUUUCCGAGAUCAUUUCCCAGAGGCUCUCGUAACGAAAUGCAAAAAGUGCACGGAGAAGCAAAAAGAAGCUUUUGAAAAAUUAGUACUCUACUACACGGAGAAAGAGCCAGAGAAGUGGAGAUUGGCUCUCACCAAAGCAAUUGAGGAUUCGGGAAAAAAACGAGCUAAAAAUUAAAUUAUGCUUGUAAAAACUAUACCAAAAAAAUCAGCAUCUUAUUUUAUAUUGUACAUAAAUAAGAAACAGGAAAGUAAAUAAAUCAACAGCUCGUUAAAACCUUCAGUAAAGAAAAA